AUGACCAAGCGAAACCCACUCACUAAAGGUGUGUAUGUGCCUACAGUGGCGUUCUUCCUGCCAGAUGAGGAGGUGGAUAUUGCUACUGUAGAGAAACAUGCUACGUAUCUGGCCAAAAGUGGUGUCACCGGUCUAGUAACCCAGGGCAGCAAUGGUGAAGCAGUGCAUCUGGACUACGAGGAGCGAAAGGCCAUCACUGCUGCUACUCGUCGUGCUUUGGACGCCGCUGGAUACAUGUCAAGGCCCGUGAUAGCAGGCUGUGGAGCAGCGUCGACACGCGAGACCAUCAAGCUCUGCAAGGACGCCGGCGUAUCAGGCGCCGACGCAGUACUAGUUCUGCCACCCAGUUACUAUAAGGCUCUCGUGGACAGUGAAGCUCUUCAUGCACACUUCCAAGCUGUGGCCGACGCCUCACCAAUUCCAGUCCUCAUCUACAAUUUCCCCGGUGCCUCAUCUGGUCUUGAUCUCUCCUCAGACGACAUCAUAGCCAUGUCGCAGCAUCCCAACAUUAUCGGCUGCAAGCUAACAUGCGGCAACACCGGCAAAUUGGCUCGCGUCGCUGCAGGGACCAAACCUGAGUUCCUGACUUUUGGCGGGUCAGCCGACUUCACUCUCCAAACUCUGGUUGCAGGUGGCGACGGAAUCAUCGGCGGCACCGCCAACCUGAUUCCUAGAUCUUGCGUCCACUUGGUGGAUCUCUACAGCAAGGGCAAGCUGGAGGAAGCGCAGAAGGUACAGGCUGUUGUCGCGCGGGCAGACUGGGCUGCUAUCCGUGGUGGAUUCAUCGCUGUUAAAUCUGGCUUGCAGUCAUACCGUGGAUACGGUGGAUUGCCCCGGCGCCCGUGUGUCGUGCCAUCUGCAAGGGCUGCAACGGCCAUUCAUGAUGAGUUCAGAGAAGGAAUGGACUUGGAGAAAGAGUUGGAAAAAGCAUGA